CAAUGCUUAGUCACGCUGAGUUACAGCUUUACCCCUCCUUUCUGUGCGGCUCACAGCUCGGCAGAACGCGAUGGAGGAAUUCUUCUAGACCAUGCUGUCAGCUGAACCAACUGCUUCCUAGUAAAUAAACAGACUCACAUAGGUGGGCAUCCGCAAGGAAAGCUUCUCCAGAGAAAGCAACCAAACACCUCUACCGCUUCAUUCCCAAAGGCUCCAGGUCACACCUAAACCUUGGCUCUCAGCUGCCUCAUCUGCAGUAUCAGACUCUGCACAGCUCUUUUUGAAGACAGUUUUAAUUGUUUCCUUUUCUGAUAACAAAGCAAUAGAUUGGAAUUUUUUUUCCAUUUUACAGUCAUCACUUUGCAAGACUGAUCUUUUCCGCUUGAAUCUGGCAAGGCUUUGAAUUGCUUGAUUGAAGACUUUUGAGCAAUCAACAUUAAUUUGGUAACAGAAGCCUCAGAAGAAGACAAGACAACAGAAACGUACUGCAAACUUACUUUUUAUUGCUGGAAACUUUUGAUGCGUUUCUGCUGAAAUCAUAGUGAAGUGGAAAGAAAAGCAACUGUGUUGCCAACACAAACAACUGAACUGAGUCUGGAGCAGUUCGUGCUUAUUUUCUAACUCUUUUCUGGAAAAUUAACCUUCAAACAAAUCCGAAGGGACUCAUAAUUCAAAACAUUUUAAUUAUGUUGGAAGUGCAGCACAUACUAAUACACACAGCCAUGAAUGGCAGCUCACAUUCAAGGCUCUAGUAAUGCCAUAAUGAGCAGAAUGCCUGGACUGAAGUACUGAACAGAGCAAGGAAAUCCCCAUGUCUACAUAAAUCAGGCCUAACUCUUUAAACUCAAACAAAAUCAGGCAUACCCAGGAGAGAGUGGAGCUUUCUUUGUAGCCAUCUGCCAACUUCCUCAAAUUAAAUUCUUCUUUUAUUUUAAACCAAUGCCUGCAUGUGGUGCAAGGAUGCCCCAUAACGCUGUCCAUUGUUCUUGAGAAAGUGACCAAAGAGGAGGAGAAAGGGUAGGAAAUGACAGAGUGCCUAACAGAAUGCAAAGCGCUGGUGACUCCGUCCACGCGCAAUGGUCACCGGGUCUUCAGCUACACGCUAGAAAGCCACACAUCAGCUGCCUUCGCCAUCAUGAACGAGCUGCGCCUGGAGCGGCAGCUGUGCGACGUCACACUGCGUGUGCGCUACAAGGACCUGGAGGCGGUGGACUUCGUGGCUCACAAGGUGGUGUUGGCCUCCUCGUCCCCGGUCUUCAGGGCCAUGUUCACCAACGGCCUGAAGGAGUGCGGUAUGGAGUUGGUGCCCAUCGAAGGAAUUCACCCCAAGGUUAUGGACAGACUGAUAGAGUUUGCCUACACAGCCAGCAUCUCUGUGGGCGAGAAGUGUGUUAUCCAUGUGAUGAAUGGCGCCGUCAUGUAUCAGAUAGACAGCGUGGUCAAGGCCUGCUGUGAUUUCCUCGUCCAGCAGCUUGACCCCAGCAACGCUAUUGGCAUUGCCAGCUUUGCAGAGCAGAUUGGUUGCACAGAGCUCCACCAGAAGGCCAGAGAAUACAUCUACAUGAACUUCAGCCAGGUAGCAACUCAAGAGGAAUUCUUCAACUUGUCCCACUGCCAGCUGGUCAACCUCAUCAGCCGUGACGAGCUCAACGUGCGCUGUGAGUCUGAAGUCUUCCAGGCAUGUGUGGCCUGGGUGCGCUACGACCGGGAGAACCGGCGACCGUACGUCCAAGCCUUACUCCAGGCUGUCCGCUGCCAUUCCCUCACCCCCAACUUCCUGCAGACCCAGCUUCAGUCUCUGGACUGGGACCCACAGUGUAAGGACUACCUGGCUCAGAUCUUCCAGGACCUCACCCUCCACAAACCCACCAAAGUGAUUUCUUGCAGAACUCCCAAGGUGCCGCAGCUCAUCUACACAGCAGGGGGUUAUUUCCGGCAGUCGCUCAGCUACCUGGAGGCCUACAACCCCUGCACAGAAGCCUGGUUGAGGCUCGCUGACCUACAGGUACCCCGCAGCGGCCUAGCAGCCUGUGUGAUCAGUGGACUUUUCUAUGCGGUUGGUGGAAGAAACAAUGCACCUGAUGGCAACAUGGACUCAAAUGCUUUGGACUGCUACAAUCCUAUGAACAACUGCUGGCUGCCGUGUGCACCAAUGAGCGUACCCAGGAACCGGAUCGGAGUCGGAGUCAUUGACGGCAUGAUAUAUGCAGUUGGUGGAUCACACGGGUGCAUUCAUCAUAAUAGUGUGGAAAGGUAUGAUCCAGAAAAGGAUCAGUGGCAGCUGGUAGCCCCGAUGCUAACACGGCGUAUCGGUGUGGGCGUGACAGUCAUCAACCGGCUGCUCUAUGCUGUGGGGGGGUUCGAUGGGGCCAACCGGCUCAGCUCCUGUGAGUGCUACAACCCUGAGAAGGAUGAGUGGAAGACCAUGGCUCCCAUGAACACUGUCCGCUCUGGAGCUGGUGUGUGCGCGCUGGGCAAUUACAUCUUUGUGAUGGGUGGAUACGACGGCACCAACCAGUUGAACACGGUGGAGCGCUAUGAUGUGGAAACUGAUACAUGGAGCUUUGCUGCCUCCAUGAGGCACAGACGCAGUGCUCUGGGAGUCACUGCACUACAUGGGCGCAUCUAUGUAUUGGGAGGUUACGAUGGCAGCACUUUCCUCGACAGUGUGGAGUGUUACGACCCGGAACAGGACGCUUGGUCAGAGGUGACGCACAUGACUUCAGGGCGGAGCGGCGUGGGAGUGGCGGUCACCAUGGAGCCCUGCCAGAAGGAUCUGUCGCAGUGUCAGGGGUGUGAGGGGGAGAAAGGCCAGUGGCACGGCGGGCCCUUCAGCAAAAGCACGUGAAGAUCACAGCAGGACCCGAUCACACACUGACACACAUGCACAGACGAGUAUCCAAAACUGACCUGUGAAAAUGGGUCAUUUUAACGGAGUAUCGCUAUAACAUCCAGGCAGUCCAGCUGUGUGCUCAAAUGUGGCAUUUAAAACCCUCAGCUAGAUCAUCAUUUCUAAAGUUCGAGAAAAGGGCUCCAUACUAAAAAGGUCAUUUUACUGGCCCAGUGAGUCAUCAGGGGCUCUUUAUUGCAUUUAAAGUGCAAACUAAAUCUGACAGGAGAAGGAAAACUUCAAAUGAUCAGAUUAUAUAAACAAAACGUAGCAUUUGUAUUUGUAUAGGCAGAGAUCAAAGUGCCAUUACAGUGCCUGUGGGCAUUAACAGUAUAUUCUCCUGAGAUGCUUGUGUGGGAAGGCACAGACUGAGUCACCACUUGCUGUGUGGAAAUUAGCGUUAACCCAGACAGCCACAAGUUGAAACUCAUACAUAACAGUGGAGCUCAUGCAAGAACCUUUUCUUGGUGUUUGACAUGCAGUUAUACAGGGCCUCUUACUCCAGUUAAUCUAGUAGUUCUUUGGAAAAUCACAAUUUGCAAGUAUUAAAACAAAAACUAUUCCAUUACAAGAAUUUCAACUCAUGAGUAUCUGCAGUCAUUUUAGAAUCCAAAAAAUGCACAGGAGCCAGUUAUUGUGCAUGUAGCCAGCCCUGCAGUUCAUUUUAGUAGAAAUGCAUGUGUUUAAUGUCGCCCUCUCUUUAUUGGCAUAAAGAUUAAUUCUAGUCUAGUUUUAUGCAAAGUAAACAUUCAUGGGGAUGCCUCUAAAAGCUCACUAAAGAUAAUUGGUUGUUGAUCUAAACUAGAGAGAGAUUUUGCCACUGCAGAGCAUAUAUCCCACAUUAAAUGUUUUCAGAACCAUAUUGGAUUACUGGAUUAUUCUUGUAAUAUAAGAUAAAGUUACAAGCAAGCUGCCACAAUGAUUCCAGUUUGAAAUCCAGCCACAAACUGCCUGUGCGAGGCAUUCAUCCAAUCAGCUGCAUCAUCAGCAGUUUGCACAGUUGUUGGAGAGGGAAGUGGCUUGAUCCUUCGUGUGUAACACCACCCAUGUUGGCAUAUGCCAUUAGAUUCUAAAAAAUAAAUAAAAAAAAUUGCUUUGGCCUUUCUCACAUGACUACCUGAUGCUCAGUUGCCAAUUUAUUUGGUAGGCACGGCUAAAACUAACAAUCCUGCAAGAAAGCAGACUUUCAUGGUGGAUUUCUUGCCUGACUUUCAGUGAUCAUUUUUAAGGUAAAAUAAUAAACACCUGUCACUGUAGUGCAUAACAAUUCCACAGAAUUACCACCUUUUUAUGAGAUGGCUCCACCAGAAAUUACAACCUUCACAUAUAAGUAGGAUUUAUUGCAGGAUGCAAUAUUAUAGAGCAUUAGCUCUAGUUAAGUGUGCAUAAUAAUAAACUGGCAACUAAAUUUGUAUUCCUUUAGCUGUAGUUGUUAUGCAGCUGUGUGAGUGUGAAAAAUGUUAAUACACCUGCUGAAUUGUAUAAAUUGUCACCUGAGAUUAUGGUAGAAAAGAUCUGUUUAAGCAAGUGGUUCUUGCAUGAAGCCCAUUGCCGCAAAUGUUGAUACAAGAGUCGCAGGAUAUUACAGCGACUGUGUAGUAAGAAAUGUGUCCUUUCCCUGACUGCAUAAAAUGUGAAACUUUAGAAAAUGCGAGCAUGGCCUGUCCUCGGGCGUCCGGUGUGAAUGGAGUGCAAAGCGCCAACAGAAUGAAGAAAUAAAUAAGUUUGGACUGUGUUUAGAGGAAAUAAUACUGUAGCAUUUAAAAAGCCUGGAUUCAAACAUCUCACUGA